GCCCCUGGCAAAUUGAUCAUGCGUUUCGUUAGUUAACAGCAUAUGGCCUCACGACUCGUCGCAUUACAUUAAUGGCUGAAACCCCCACUCGAAUGAUUUUAUGUGUAGUGGAUGCUUUUAUUGAAAAUAAGUAAACGAAAAACAUUUUACAAUUCGAAGAACACGUGCUCCUCUCGAAGAGGAGCAAAGGCGAAUUUCACGCCUUCUGCACAAUUUGCCGAUGUGAUGUGAAUAUAAGCAGCAAUGGAAAGGGUUCGGAUAUCACUAGCUGGCACGAAUCAUGACUACAGCUACAUCCCCCAUUCUCAUGAAGUGGGACCCCAAGAACCUGGAAAUUCGCACCCUGACAGUGGAGCGGUUGCUGGAGCCUCUGGUCACUCAGGUCACCACUCUGGUGAACACCAGUAGCAAGGGUCCAUCGAGCAAGAAGAAGGGCCGCUCCAAGAAGGCCCAUGUGCUGGCAUCCUCUGUGGAGCAGGCCACUCACAACUUCCUGGAGAAGGGAGAGCAGAUCGCCCGGGAGAGCCAGGACCUGAAGGAGGAGCUAAUAUCUGCUGUGGACGAUGUUCGCAAACAAGGAGAGACCAUGCACAUGGCCUCCUCAGAGUUUGCUGAUGACCCCUGCUCCUCCGUCAAGCGUGGGACAAUGGUGCGAGCCGCCCGGGCACUGCUCUCCGCUGUCACUCGCCUGCUCAUCCUUGCCGACAUGGUCGACGUAAUGAGACUGCUGGCCCACCUCAAGAUCGUGGAGGGCGCCCUUGAAGCUGUGAAGAACGCCACCAAUGAGCAGGACCUGGCUAACCGCUUCAAGGAAUUUGGGAAGGAAAUGGUUAAGCUGAACUAUGUGGCAGCGCGGAGACAACAGGAGCUGAAGGACCCCCAAUGCCGGGAUGAGAUGGCAGCAGCCCGUGGGGCCCUGAAGAAGAAUGCCACCAUGCUGUACACGGCAUCGCAGGCCUUCCUGCGACACCCUGAUGUGGCAGCCACGCGUGCCAACCGCGACUAUGUCUUCAAGCAGGUGCAGGAGGCCGUGGCGGGCAUCUCCAGUGCUGCCCAGGCCGCAUCACCCGCCGAUGAGAAGCAGAGCCAUGCCGGCAUCGGAGAGUUGGCCGCCGCCCUCAACGAGUUUGACAACAAGAUUAUCCUGGACCCUCUGACCUUCAGUGAGGCCCGGUUCCGCCCAUCGCUGGAGGAGCGCCUGGAAAGCAUCAUCAGCGGCGCCGCCCUCAUGGCCGACUCGUCAUGCACACGGGAUGACCGGCGUGAACGCAUCGUGGCUGAGUGCAACGCAGUGCGGCAGGCACUGCAGGACCUGCUUGGCGAGUACAUGAACAACACGGGCCGUAAAGAGAAAGGGGACCUUCUAAACACAGCCAUUGACAAAAUGACGAAAAAGACCAGGGAUCUGCGCAGACAGCUGCGCAAAGCCGUGAUGGACCACAUCUCAGAUUCCUUCCUAGAGACGAACGUGCCCCUGCUGGUCCUAAUCGAGGCAGCGAAGAGCGGUAAUGAGAAGGAGGUGAAGGAGUACGCGCAGGUCUUCCGGGAGCAUGCCAAUAAGCUGGUGGAGGUGGCAAACCUGGCCUGCUCCAUCUCCAACAACGAGGAAGGUGUGAAGCUGGUGCGCAUGGCCGCCACGCAGAUAGACAGCCUGUGUCCACAGGUGAUCAAUGCUGCUCUUACGCUGGCUGCACGUCCUCAGAGCAAAGUCGCCCAGGAUAAUAUGGAUGUCUUCAAAGAUCAGUGGGAGAAGCAGGUCCGGGUGCUGACUGAAGCUGUGGAUGACAUCACCUCCGUGGAUGACUUCCUGUCUGUCUCAGAAAACCACAUCCUCGAGGACGUGAAUAAAUGCGUCAUUGCGCUACAGGAGGGCGAUGUGGACACAUUGGAUCGGACUGCAGGCGCCAUCCGAGGCCGGGCUGCCCGCGUUGUGCAUAUCAUCAAUGCCGAGAUGGAGAACUAUGAGUGUGGCGUUUACACAGAGCGUGUUCUGGACUCCCUCAAGAUCCUCUCAGAGACCGUCAUGCCCCGUUUUGCUGAACAAGUUGAGGUUGCGAUUGAAGCACUGAGCACAACCCCUUCGCAGACCUUUGAGGAGAAUGAAUUCAUCGACGCUUCUCGUCUCGUGUAUGACGGCGUUCGUGACAUCAGGAAGGCGGUCCUCAUGAUCAGGACACCAGAGGAGCUGGAGGACGACUCCGACUUCGAGCAGGAGGACUAUGACGCUCGCAGCCGCACCAGCGUGCAGACGGAGGAUGACCAGCUCAUUGCUGGGCAGAGUGCCAGAGCCAUCAUGGCUCAGCUGCCACAGGAGGAGAAGGCUAAGAUCGCUGAGCAGGUGGAGAGCUUCCGGCAGGAGAAGUGCAAGCUGGACGCCGAGGUGGCCAAGUGGGAUGAUAAUGGAAAUGACAUCAUUGUGCUGGCCAAGCAGAUGUGCAUGAUCAUGAUGGAGAUGACAGACUUCACCAGAGGUAAAGGGCCACUGAAGAAUUCCUCAGAUGUGAUUAAUGCUGCCAAAAAGAUCGCAGAAGCAGGAUCCAGGAUGGACAAGCUGGCCCGGGCUGUGGCAGACCAGUGUCCUGAUUCAGCCUGCAAGCAGGAUCUUCUUGCCUACCUGCAGAGAAUUGCUCUCUACUGCCAUCAGCUGAACAUCUGCAGCAAGGUGAAAGCAGAGGUGCAGAACCUUGGAGGGGAGCUCAUUGUCUCAGGGUUGGACAGUGCCACGUCCCUCAUCCAGGCCGCCAAGAACCUGAUGAACGCCGUCGUUCUCACUGUGAAGGCAUCAUACGUGGCUUCCACCAAGUACCAGAAGGUAUAUGGAACAGCAGCUGUCAACUCGCCCGUGGUCUCCUGGCGCAUGAAAGCCCCUGAGAAGAAGCCUCUGGUGAAGAGGGAGAAGCCUGAAGAGUGCCAGACAAGGGUGCGGCGCGGCUCCCAGAAGAAGCACAUCUCGCCUGUGCAGGCGCUCAGCGAGUUCAAGGCCAUGGACUCCUUCUAAGCGCAAAGACGAAUGAAAAGGCAAAAUGAUAACAUUUUUCUUCUUCUUUUUUCAUAAUUUUGAUGACCCAUAUAAUGAUUUCUCUUAUCACUGUUAUUUAUUCUAAAUAACCCUUUGCCGAUUGUCUUUAUUAUCAUGAAAAGACAAACUUUCUUUUUCCUUCCUCACAAGGUGAGAUCUUUGUUUUAUCUCGGCCAAACUGACCCAUAACACUGACGUUGUCAUCCUUCCUGCUCUUUCAGGUGGAUGAACAUGCAUAUCAAAAUUUGCCUUGCCCAAUACACCAGUCUAACAAUACUCCAUAAAGCGAAAGCUGAAUGAAAAAGAUGCCGGCUUUGUUACUAACCUCGAAACAUCAGGACAUUCCUGUCCUGACAGUAUCAUGUCUGUGUUCCAUGUUUCUAACACCAUGUUGUCUUCUUACAUCAUCACCGUCUAACAUCAUGUUAAGUUUCUUAAAGCAAUUGUAACACUGCUAGACUGUACAGGCUACCGAUCAUUACUGAAGGCCUGGAAAAGGGCGUAGAUUGACCUGCUUUGAGACAGCAGGCGGCCCUGGGUUUCUUUACAGUGACAGUUUAAUAUGAACAGUCUGGCUGCUGACUUAUUUGGUGCUCUUUCAUGCAUUCUGGAUUCAAGGUCUCCUUUCUGUUUCAUUAACUGAACCUGCAUCUCAGCCCUUGUGUAUGAAUGAAUAAAAAAAGCUAAUGUUGAA